CAGCAAAAGCUCACGCAGCUGCACUUCGCGCUCGACACCUCCGUGCUCCGGACAUGCCCCCUCUGCGAGCUCUCGUACACGAGAGGCGCUCCGGAUGAUGAGAGUCUACAUCGGAAGCACUGUGCUAGAGUGCAGAGGGGACUGGAGUGGGGCAAGGAGGAGGAGCGAGAGUUGUUGAAGUCCGGGAUAGAGGAAAUAGCAACAGGGGUGAAACUGAAGAACAGUGCGAAAGGCCGUGUCAUCUGCUUCAGACCAGACGUGGGAGGCAAGAUCGGAGCAAAGCUCGCCACUUUGCUCGAGACCAUCAGUCUUGCUCUUUCCUCUCCCCCUCUUUCGCCAGCGGUCCUGCAACGCUGCAAGAUCUAUCUCUUCCUGUUGUCUUCAUCACCUGGUGCAUCCACAUCUUCGCGAGAGAAGAUCGUUGGGUGUGUGAUCGCACAACGCAUCACUACCGCCAUGGCCAUCGCAACCGAUUCCGAUGUCUCCGCGUGCACAGCCCAGACCUCACCUCUAAUACCCGUCGAUACCUCCACAAAUCUGUAUGUCCAUCCCGCACCGCUCUCGACACCGAUGGGCAUACCUCGGCUAUUUGUCUCCUCUACCCAUCGCCGUCUUGGCAUUGCGUCCCAUCUACUCAGUGCCGCUGCAGAAACAUUCAUCCUUGGAUGUCCUCUAAAUCCGGCAAAGGGCGAGAUCGCAUUCACGCAGCCAACAGGUGCGGGCAAAGCCAUUUUAGAAGCUUGGGGCAAGGGCGGUAUACGCAUUUACGAUGAG